UUUAAAUCAACAAUAUGUCAGCCAAUGGAGAGAUCAAUGAAGUCGUAAGUCAUUUGGUGAUAUGCUAAAGUGUUAAAUCCUCAUGUGAGGUUGUCUAUAUAUUGCUAUUAACAGAAAUAAUCUGAAUUUAGAACCUCACAUCCAAAGGGAACAAUGAUCCAGAGAUGGAAACCAAGAGGAAUUUAUUCGAAUCGCAGGAGGGUCAGCCAGAAAAGAAAAUUUCAUUUCCCCCAGUUUACAAGAACACUAGAAGUGCAAGUGUAGAUAUAGGGAAUUAUCUCAAGUUUGAUCAUACUAGAUUUGGAGUUAGAAAUAUCUCUUUCCUGCCCAUAGAUAAACAGCUUUCUGAGAAAUAAUCUCAUAAAGAAAAUGUCUAGGCAAGAACUUGACAUGCCGAUCAGCAAGAAACUUAACCCUAGUAAUGAUGAGCGAUCAAAGUCUAAGAAGUCAUCAAGUUCUAUGGCAAAGCAAAAGACUUUAGGUGUUAAAUAAUGCAAGCAUGCUUGUCCCGACAGCUGCUGGAUUCAUUGAAUCACCCUUACUCACAAAGAAAUCUAAAAGUUCGAACAAAAAGAUUAUUAAUUGUAGCAAGAAUCUUGAAAAGGAGCAGGCUGUAAUGCGGACCUACAUGAAGAUUCAUAACAUUAAACAUGGAUAUAACAAGGAUGCUAUUGAUAAGCUUAAGUCAAAAGUAGAUUCAGAUGGUGAGGAACUUUCUAUCAUCACUUCAGAGGAAGAAGAGGAGGAACUAUCAGUCAACGACUCGAUAAUCCUCAAUGAUGCUGAAGAGGCUAAUAUCCUCCAAGCUGUAACUGAGCUAAACACGGAAUAAAAG